GUGUCAGUCCUCCUCCCGAGUGCUUCUAAGGAAUGGCCCCUAAAAAGAAGGAAGAGCCUAAACCCGCAGCACCGGCGGCUCCCAAACCCCCCGAGCCAGAGCGGCCCAAGACCCCGGAGUUUGACCCCGCAUCGGUGACGCUGGAAUUCACCCCGGAGCAAAUCGAGGACUUCAAAGACGCCUUCCAGCUGUUUGACAGGACACCGACCAACGAGAUGAAAAUCACUUACGCCCAGUGCGGUGACCUCAUCAGGGCUUUAGGCCAGAACCCUACGAACGCUGAGAUCAUGCACGUCCUCGGAAAACCCAAAGCUGAAGACAUGCAGAGCAAAAUGCUGGACUUUGACCAGUUUCUGCCCAUGCACCAGUACAUUUGCAAGGCGAAGGAUCGCGGGACGUACGAAGACUUCGUGGAGGGCCUGCGGGUGUUUGACAAGGAGGGGAACGGCACAGUUAUGGGAGCCGAGCUCAGGCACGUGUUGGCUACACUGGGUGAAAAGAUGAGGGAAGAUGAAGUAGAGCAGCUAAUGCAAAACCAAGAAGACACCAAUGGAUGCAUCAAUUAUGAAGCUUUUGUAAAAUACAUUAUGGCAUCUUAAAAAAAAAAGAAAGAAAAUCUAGUGCUACAGUACAACCAUGUACAUGAGCAGCAUCAAACCAGUCAAUUACUAACCUCAUGUUAAAUUUCCCUUUCUAUAAGUAAAUUGUAUUUUUUGCUUUAUAAUAAUGUUGAAAAAGUACACAAUGUUUAAAUAAAUGGAUGUAGUUGUGAAGGUGAUUUGUGGUAGUAGUACUGUACAUCUGCUGGUUGACCAGCAGAGGGCGCCGUUGCUCCCAUAAGAUUCUACAGUAUUUGUUUCACACAGACUCAAGGAUCGUUCGUGACUUUCUUGAUUAAAAGAAGAAUGUUUCCUUCAUCAGA